AUGUCCUUAUCCACGCUCUGUGUCCAUGUGCAGGAUGAGCAGCUACGCGCUGCCGCAGAGACCAUGCCGUCUGCUCGCUAUGUGCCGGCCUCACACCUGGACGCCAUCCUGGCUGGGCUGACCGAGGAGGCCAGCGCAGGGCUGGGGGCCCUCCUCUUCUCUGACGGGAUGGCACUCGACACAAAAGGAUACCUGGACGGGCUCUGGGCCGACACGCAGCGGCGCGCCAGGGAGCUCGGCACAGAGGCAGUGUUGCAUGAGAACACCACUGUGCAUGACCUGGCGGAGCUGAACGUUGGCAAGGGCCCCUAUGCUGGCAUCGUCCUGGCCAUGGGGGCUGGGGUGGCCGAUCUGGCCGGGGUCAAGGAUCACCUGCCCCCCUUCAUGGACAUGGUGGCCGGCAUCAGCCUGACGCUGGAGCUAGGGGCCGAGGGCUGGGCCGGUGCAGUGCACCCCGAGCGGGUCCAUGGAGCCGAGCCCCCCACCGCGACCACGGCGGUGGAACCCGACGCACACAGCCCAGAUGCGCGCUGUGCCGGCGAUCUGCCCGCGCACGCCUCUGGCUGGCCCGAGGGCGCCCCCAGCCUGGCGGCCAUGCCGUACAUCGCGGCGCAAGGGUCCCGGCGCUGCGUCAUUGGCGCAACCUGGGACCGCCCCGCGGCGCCCGACCAGAACCCCGGCACGGCGCCCAGGACGGCGGGGGAGCUGCUGUCCCAGGCCCGCGCGCUGUGGCCCGGCCUGGCGGCCUGGCGCGUGGCGCACCGCGCGCACGGCACGCGCGUCGUGUCCCAGCGCACCGACCACGGCACGCCGCCCUACGGCGGCCGGCUGGCGCUGGGGCCCGCGCCGGCGCUGCCCCCCGUCUGGCUGAUGAGCGGGCUGGGGGCGCGGGGCCUGCUGUACCACGCCUGGCUGGCGCAGCUGACGGCGGAGGGGGUGCUGCGGGGCGGCGAGGAGCACCUGCCGCCCGAGCUGCUCAGGUGGAGGAGGCGUGGGGGCUGA